AAGGUUGUUCCUCUUCAAAACAAAACGACAUCGUUUUUUGCCUUGUCUUGCUUUCUACGAAGCCUUCCCAUAAAGAGGAAAAAAAAGGUACAACAAUAGCUCGCCUUUCUUCUUUCCUCUUCACUCCCUAAACAAGCAUCAGGUUUUUAGAUCCAAUCAAUUCGAAAUGUUUCUCACCAGGACUGAGUAUGAUCGAGGUGUCAAUACUUUCUCUCCGGAGGGAAGAUUGUUUCAGGUGGAGUACGCAAUUGAAGCCAUCAAGCUGGGUUCAACUGCAAUUGGGCUAAAGACUAAAGAAGGCGUUGUGCUGGCUGUUGAGAAGCGAAUCACUUCACCGCUCUUGGAGCCCAGCAGUGUUGAGAAAAUUAUGGAAAUUGAUGAGCAUAUAGGAUGUGCUAUGAGUGGAUUGAUUGCUGAUGCACGUACACUUGUUGAACAUGCACGAGUUGAAACUCAGAACCAUAGAUUCUCGUAUGGUGAGCCAAUGACAGUAGAGUCUACAACACAAGCUCUUUGUGAUUUAGCCCUUCGAUUUGGUGAAGGAGAUGAAGAAUCAAUGUCUCGACCGUUUGGGGUUUCUCUGCUCAUUGCUGGUCAUGAUGAGCACGGACCCAGCUUGUACUAUACAGACCCCUCUGGCACAUUUUGGCAAUGCAAUGCAAAAGCUAUUGGUUCAGGUUCGGAAGGUGCAGACAGCUCUUUGCAGGAGCAGUAUAACAAGGAACUAACUCUUCAAGAAGCUGAGACAAUUGCUUUAUCCAUUCUGAAACAAGUAAUGGAAGAGAAGGUUACUCCCAACAAUGUUGACAUUGCCAAGGUAGCACCAACCUACCAUCUAUAUACCCCUUCGGAGGUGGAAGCUGUCAUUACUCGCCUAUGAGUUGAAAACUGUCAUCAUGAUCAACAAGCUUCCCUUAGUAGUUACUACAAUUGUAUUGUCAUCAUCAAGGAUGCAUGACUUGGUCUAGGGAGAAUUGUAUUUGUUUAUGGGGAUUCCCAGCUGUGAAACCUUAUUUUUGGUGUGGCACGAGACUCAUCUACUUUCAGUUGGAUAAUCCAUUUACCCUAAAAUCAAAAUGACAUUUUGUU